AUGACUGUCUUUGUCUGUUCCCUCUUCCUCCCCAAAACCAUCCACUUCACCCUUCCCGGCUCUCCUCCGCGAAGCGUCGACACCUCAAAACGCCGCCCCAAGACCACCACCUCCAUCUCCAAGCCCGCAAAGGCGUCCACAGCGCCCGUCCGCCAGCCCAGUCUCUUCGCGAACCGUGAAGACCUCACCCCGCCGCACACCCCCACCGACGAGGAGCCCGAUUCGCCGAACCCCUACGCCAACGAAGAUGGCUUCCGCAUACAAUUCCCGGGCGUCUUCAGCUCGGCCGGCGAGGAGGAGCUCCGUUCCUGGGGCAGCCGCUUGAACCAGCCCAUGUCCCGCGCAAACUCGCCGCCACCAGCCGGAAUCACCGAAAACAGCCGGACGAUGCAAAAGGCCCGCGAGCUGGGUCGCCAGGGCGUGAUCCAGCCCAAGUCUCUUGUAAGGAGCGAGAGUCACGAUCGCGUCUUUGCCUCGGCGCACUGGAGGGUCGUGAGCGCUGACCAGGGCAACGGCGGCCUGCGUAACGCUGCCGAGGCCGCCGCGCGCGACGGCACUCUGGGUGAUUAUACUUGGGUGGGCACUUUGGGCAUGCCGACCGAUGCUCUCGAUGGCACACAGCAGAGGCAAGACAUUGAGGAUACACUCGCCAACGAACACAACAUGUUGACAGUCUUUUGCUCCGACAAGGACUUUGACGGCCACUACGCCCACUUCUGCAAGCACAUCCUGUGGCCUGUCUUCCACUACCAGAUUCCCGACAACCCCAAGAGCAAGGCAUACGAGGAUCACUCUUGGAAGUACUACGUCAAUGUCAACCAGGCCUUUGCCGACCGCAUCGUCAAGGACUGGAAGCGUGGCGACGUCAUCUGGAUCCAUGACUACCACCUGCUGCUGGUCCCUGGGAUGAUCCGCAAGAAGCUCCCUGAUGCAAAGAUUGGCUUCUUCCUUCACGUCGCGUUCCCCUCCUCCGAGGUCUUCCGCUGUCUUGCUGUACGAACGGAGCUCCUCGAGGGUAUGCUGGGUGCCAACCUGGUUGGCUUCCAGAUUCGCGAGUAUGCCCGCCACUUCUUGCAGACGUGCAGUCGCCUUCUCACUGCUGAGGCGACUCCCGAUGGUCUGCAGAUGGAAGACAGAUUUGUUGACGUCAUCCACUUGCCCAUUGGCAUUGAUCCCGUCAGCCUUCGCAACCAUCUCGCCGACGAGGAGGUGGCCAAGUGGCUGCAGAUUAUGAAAGACCGCUACAAGGGCAAGAAGCUCAUUGUUGCUCGAGACAAGCUGGACCACGUUCGUGGUGUGCGACAGAAACUGCUCUCAUAUGAGCUGUUCCUCAACAAGAACCCCGAGUGGCGCGAGAACACCGUCUUGAUCCAGGUCGCCCUGUCUUCAAGCGAAAAGAGUGACCUCGAGGCGACCGUCUCGGAUAUUGUCACUCGUGUCAACUCAUCAUGGGCCAACCUUGCGUAUCAGCCAGUCGUGUACCUGAAGCAGGAUAUCGAUUAUGCCCAAUAUCUUGCGCUGUUGACGAUUGCCGAUGCACUCAUGAUCACCAGCCAACGCGAGGGUAUGAAUCUGACUUCCCACGAGUACCUUUUUUGCCAGGAUGGCAAGAUUUUCCCUGAGAAGAAGCAUGGUUCUUUGAUCCUGUCCGAAUUUACCGGCACAUCGUCCCUGUUCAACCGCAACGAGCUGUCGGUCAAUCCUUGGGAUUAUCGUCAAUGCGCCGAUGCGAUCAAGCAAGCCCUGGAGAUGGGCGAAGAGGAGAAGGAGCAGCGAUGGGGAAAGCUGUACGACCGUGUGGUCAAGCAUACCGGCUCCCAUUGGGUCUCCGAGUUCCUUUCCCGUCUUGAUAUCGUCUACGAGGAGCAACACAAGCGUGACCAGACAUCCGUCCCUCGCCUCUCGAUCCCGUCCUUGUCUGCCAGCUACAAACAGGCCCAACGCCGGCUCUUCAUUAUCGACUACGAGGGAACGCUUGUAAGCUGGGGUCCUGUCAACCAGAUCAUCCCCGUCAGCCCUCAGCGGACCCUGGAUGUCCUAAACGACCUGCUGCUUGACGAUCGCAACACCGUCUACGUUAUGUCCGGUCGCCGUCCUGAAGAGCUCGAUCGAGUGUUCCGGCGUGUGCCCAACCUGGGUCUCAUUGCUGAGAAUGGCUGCUUCCUCAAGGAUAGUGGCAGCGACAAGUGGACUGAGAUGGCGGAUCUCAAUAAAGUCAAGGAUUGGAAGGAGUCAGUGAAGCCCAUCAUGACGUACUACCUGGAGCGAACUCCUGGAGCCGAGAUUGAGGAGCGUCGAUGCAGUCUCAUCUUUCACUAUAAGAGCGCAGAAGACUACGAGUCAGCAUCACGACAGGCGUCUGAUUGCUCGAGCCACGUCAACGACGCGUGCGAGGCGCAGCGCGUCCAUGCGAUCCCGCUUGAUGGCUCCAUUGCCGUCGAGCCUAUCGACUGGACCAAGAGGACGGCGGCGAGGAGGGUGUUUGAGAACCUGAAAUCGCAUCUGGGUCCCGACGACGCUCACAAGGAACCCGUCGACUUCAUGAUGGUUGUUGGUGAUGGGCGAGAGGACGAGAAGGUGUUUAAGUGGGCCAACAGGCUUAAGGAGGACGGCACCGUCAAGGAGGUGGUUACAGUCAGCCUUGGCAGCCGAAACACUGAGGCGACAGCCACUCUGACACAGGGCGUUAGUGGAGUUCUUACUUGCCUCCAACGACUGGCCGCUAUCGCCUGA